AUGAGCAUCAAUGAGAGACAUAUGUGGACCCUUUUCCUUAAUAUUAUGGGUGGAAUGAGCCAAAAGGACAUCAAUCUCUCUCCCCUCAAUCACCCACUCGGCCAGCACCAUCAAGAGAGGGAGAAGAAGCUCUGUAAACAUACCUCCAUAGCCAUGAACCGAGCUCAAGGAGGAAGAAGGCUCAAGGAAGAAGAAAAGCUUGGAAAAGAAGAGAAAAACUUAUUAAAACCAAGGAAUUUUACCAAGGUAUUCUAGACUUCUCGAGGAAUCUAGGAGUGGCCGGAAAGUCGCCGGAGCCGCCGGAGUUUCGCCGGAAAAUUCCAAAAGUCACCGGAGUUCAAACAAAGAGGAUAAAAGCUUGCUAGCGUCAUUUCAAGAGCAGUGAUUUGGGGACCUCCCAUUCACGCACGAACAACAACGACAUGGCCGGAGAUGCAGCAAACAACGAUGGAGAUGGCCAUUACGAAAGGCAGAAAAUUAACGAUCCGUCAUCUCCCUACCAUUUGUCGAAUUCAGACCAUCCUGGUAUGACUAUUUGUAGUGGACGUGGAACGGCGCACGCCAUGCACGUGGGAGAAUACCGUGAAGCUAGACCAGUGUUGCACGAGAACAAAGAGACCAACAUGCACAAACCCGGGUUCACGGAUGAGCAAUGGCAGUCCUUCCUAAAGCUGAUGGAAAAGUGUAAGACCACACCUACGAAAGAAAAAUUGACAGGACCUACUUACGAGGACGCCAAUUGGAGUGGGUAAACGUCGAGGGGGAGUUUAUUAUUUCCGGACUCUGGAUCGUGGAUUAGUGCACGCAGUGACAGAUUCUGGCUCAAGUGAAUUGUGACAUUCUCGGUUAGGACACCCGUCUGUGCAAGUUUUACGUUUGCUUGGUUAUUCGAAUAAAACUUUGUUACAUAAUGUUCAGAAUAAAACGUGUGAUGCUUGUGUGCGGGGCAAACAAACACGUGACAAGUUUGAUAUUAGUUAUACUCGUGAUGUUGAACCUUUUGAAUUAAUACAUUGCGAUAUUUGGG